AUGACGUAUAGAAAUACUCUAACAUAUUUAUUCUUUAUUUACUGCUUCGCAAUUCUUCCGCGUUUCAUUGAUGCAUCCGAUUGCUAUUUUUGUCCAAACUGCUUGAAUUCUCAACGUGGUGUACGUCUUCCCGCUCGUGCAGACGAUUGGUGCUACAAAAUUGUAUGGCGAUCCGGUCCUGGGAAUCAUCAAAUGGUCUCACGUGGCGCAUCGGCUGACUGUCGUCAAGAUGCAUACAACGAUCAGAGUAUGACGAUGCCAAGUAUUUUCUCUGGCACUGCUCGGUACUGUUGUCGAGGUCAUCUCUGUAAUUCGGUACCCAAGCGUAUGGGUUAUUCGCGUAUACUUCUUUUAUUUUUGGUAUUUGUACAACUAGGAAAAAAUACACUAGGAUCUUAUUCAUACUUAUUGUGGUAA